AUGUCUUCCUCAAACGCAGAAGGAGUUUCAAAACGCAAUACGAGAAACCAGGCACCAAAAGAGUAUAAUGUAGGAAGGCUUCAAAGACUGGCGGAAAGUGGGAGUGGAGUCUCCCAACCUAAGGCUGCUGCUGCAAAUGCGCAAGCCUCGUACACAGAGCCAAAUUUAGGCAAAAAUACUGGCGUGCAUACAGACAAUCAGAGCGAGUCGGUUCAGUCACAGUCGAAGCCCCCGUACCACUCUCAGGAGGAGCAGCCAAGCCCAGCCGGUUCGAAUGAAGCUGCCCCAGUUGAACAAAACGACCAGGAUAUGAAAGACUAUGAGCCUGAAAGAGGAACAUCUGAAUCACCUCCAGCCAGCUCAAGAUCGGCUCAUAUGGCCGAGAAUGCAGCUGAACCUGGUAUUCCCGCUGCUGUCGGCGUCAAUGACUCGUUGGACGAGGUCCUAGUUGACCUGAAGAAGUUGUCAAUUGGUCGCGACCACGAUGGAGAACCGGAUGCCUGGAGCCGUCUAGGACGGUCACUCGUAUUGCUGGUUCGAUACGGACCCUACAAAGCGGCAAAAUACCGGGUUCAGACCGCAAAUGGAUACAACACCCAAGGACUGCAGAAAGUAUCGAAUCUCAAGACCCGAAUUUCGCAUCUAACCUACGAAGGGGAAGAUGGGGAAGACCACUAUCGGUACAGCAGGAACAACAUCGUCGGCAUUGUUGGUGUGGCAUUUCAGGAAAGAAAGGACACGAACAAGGAGUACAAAACAGCUCCCACAGCUUUUGUCAAAGUCAAAUGGCAAGGAAUCGAUGCUGCCCAUCAGAAACUGUUGACCAGGGACACCUGCUGGAUUACCAAGGCGGAUCUGGUUAGACUCACGGAUCAAGCUACGGCAGAGCAAAAGAUCUCCGAGGCUUGGGAGUUACAGGAAAAACGUUACAAUUACUGGCAGGGCGAAACGGGAAGAGACAGCCCUGAUCGUUCACCCACCCCUUGCCCGCUGGAUACUUUCAAGGCACAAAAGGAGGAGAGAAUAAAGCGCGAGCUUACAAGAGAGCCUUCUAUGCCAAUUGCACAAAGUUUGGAGUCGGACCCAGAGCCGUGGAGGCUAGGAAAUCGCCAACCAACGGCGAACAACACCCAGCGUUUUGGUUCAGUUCCGGUGAAGCAAGAAUCGGACAACGAGGACAACGAACUGUUUGUCACUGACUUCAGUACCAACGGUCAGAACGCCCCUGGUCAGAAUGCCCCUGUUCGGAACGCUCCUGGUCAGAACGUCAACGCUAAAAACAAUAAUCCUCGCAACACGAAUGACUUGAACAAUGAUACAACCAGCGGAUCCGAUCAAAGUCGGCCACCGCCAAAAUUGAGCAAUUUCUAUAACAAAUGGUUGAAAAGAGCGAAAAUUGAGGAAACCGAUUUUAGUAACCUCGAUGAUGCAUCCAUUGCGAGAUUUGAAGCUGCUGCAUUUGUUUAUAUGGACUCGUUGAGGCAGCAAGGUUACUUUGUAGAAGAUGAUAUGGGUAUGAAUAUCUAG